AUGUUGGAAUUCCUUACCAUAAAAAUGAAGGAAAGCGCAAGACAAAAAAGACAAACUCUAACAAUGAGUAAAUAUUAUGGGUACAUCAUUCAAUACAUGAGAAAUGAAGGAAACACAUUGAUACUAGGUGGGCGGCUAUUCCAACAAUUUGUGGUUGAUGCAUUCAUAGCAAUUGAAGAAAAGCGUCUACGAUAUGCUAGAAAUGAACAAGACAAAUGGAGAAUGGAACUUUACAAAAAUGUUUGUGACACAGUCGUUAGAGGGGAUGCAAUGGCAAAAUCUGUUGGGAAGCACAUUAUAUUACCUUCAAGUUUUGCAGGAAGCCCAAGAUACAUGAUACAAAAUUAUCAAGAUGCAAUGGCAAUUUGUAGAAGUUUGGGAUAUCCUGAUCUAUUCAUCAUUUUCACAUCAAACAAAAAAUGGCCUGAGAUCAACUACAUGCUCAACAAGAUACCUGGUCAAAAUGUUGAAAAUCGACCUGACAUUGAAGCACGAGUUUUCAAAUUGAAGCUUGAACAGCUAAUGAAAGACAUCACAGAAAAGAAAGCGUUUGGUACAGUUAUUGGAGAUGAGCAAAAGAUGAUAUUAAGAGAUUCUCAAAGUCUUACCAAGGCCAUCGAACAAGAAGGGGUCAAAGACACUAUGUUCACCAAAUGGAUGGAAAUGAAUGUAGAAAACAAGAAGACUAGAUCAUUGACAUAUGCAGAAUUCUCAACAAAAUUUGUUUGGAAUGGAAAAGAAUGGACUAAAAGAAAGAGAGGUCGAACAAUUGGAAGAAUUACAUAUGCACACCCUACAUCUAGAGAAAGGUAUUACUUGCCUAUUCUAUUAAAUGUUGUUCGAGGACCUCGCACCUAUGAGGAGCUCAAAAAUGUGAAUGGCACACAACACACAACAUUCAAGCAGGCAUGCUAUGCUUUUGGAUUAAUUAGUGACGACAAAGAAUGGAAUGAUGCGAGACACUGGGCGAUUGGACCUCAAGUAAGAGAAUUGUUCAUUACAAUUCUACUUUUCUGUGAAGUAAAUGACCCAAUCCAAUUUUGGGAAGUCAAUUGGAAAGCACUUUCAGAGGACAUACCAUUCAAAUUGGUACAUCAAUUCAAUUUCCCAAACUUGAAAUUCACAGAAGACCAAAUCAAGAACUAUUGUUUGUUGGAGCUUGAAAGAAUGCUAAAUCGCAAUGGUAAAUCAUUGUCCGAUUAUAAUGGCAUGCCAUUACCAAACAUGAAUCUUUUAUUUGGAGCAGAUAAUAGGCUGAUCAAAGAAGAGCUCAAUUACGACAUUAGGAAGAUGAAAGCAGAUCAUGAUAACUUUUACAUCUCAUUAAAUAACCAGCAGAGAAAGAUAUACCACAGAAUACUUGAUGUAGUGGAGCGAAAGGAAGGAGGCAUCUUCUUUGUUUAUGGACAUGGAGGAACAGGAAAGACAUUUUUGUACAAAACAAUACUAUCAAGACUGAGAUCUGAGAGAAAAAUAGCUUUGGCCGUGGCUUCGUCAGGUAUCGUAUCAAUAUUGUUACUUGGAGGCAGAACAGUACACAGCCGAUUUGACAUCCCACUUGAGCUAUUUCAGAAUAGUACAUGUGGCAUAAGACAAAAUACAAAUUUAUCUCAAUUAUUAUUGCAGACAUCUUUGAUAAUAUGGGAUGAAGCUCCAAUGACGCAAAGGUAUGCUUUUGAAGCAGUUGAUAAAACAUUCAGAGAUAUAAUAGGAUUCAAAGAUAAGGCUGUAAGAAACAAACCUUUUGGAGGCAACAUUGUGGUUUUGGGAGGAGACUUUAGGCAAAUACUACCAGUUAUACCAAAAGGCAAGAGACAAGAAAUUGUUGAAGCAUGCAUAAACAGGUCCUAUCUUUGGAAAAGUUGUGAAGUCUUUGUUUUGGAAAAAAACAUGCGAGUAUCUGAAACAAAUGCAGAAGGAUUACCUGAUGUAGCCAACCAACAGUUUAAUAAAUGGUUGCUGGACAUUGGAGAUGGGAAGAUACAAGCGAUUGUAAAAGAAGGUGAGGAGCAUGCAACUUGGAUAAAAAUACCAGACGAAUUUUUAAUAGCAAGGGCAGAAAAUCCAAUACAUCAAAUCAUCUCCAACACUUAUCCAAAUUUUGACACCAUGCAUGAUGACCAAAACUACUUAAUUGAGAGAGCCAUUCUCACUCCAUUGAAUGAGACUGCUGACACAAUCAAUGAUUACAUGUUCUCUUUGUUUGAAGCAGAAACCAAAACUUACAAGAGUUCAGAUGAGAUUUCCAUCCAGCCCAAAUUACAGAUUGAUCCAAAAUCCAACUCCAGUUUAGCCCCAAAAUUAGGGAUUGGGUUGGGUUCCUUUCUCCCCAUUCGCGCCGCUACCCGACAAUUAGACUAUCGAUCCAAAAUCCAACUUCAGUUAGGCCCAAAAUUAGGGUUUGGGUUGGGUUUCUUUCCCGUCGUGUCGUCACUCGUCCCUCGUCAGCGCCUGCAGUCUCCGACGACGACCUACCCGGUACAGCACUCCGGCGAAGCCAGUACAGCAAUCCAGCGUACCCGCACUCAAGGCUUCCAAGCAUCUUUUCAAGUUGAAAUCGGGAAGGAGGAUCGAGUUGAGUUUGUUGGGCUGAAGUUUGUUAAGUACGAAAGGAAGUUCCUACAAUCAUCAAAUAUGUCGGACAUUAGGAAGUGGUUCAUGAAAGCCCAUGAUAAAGGUAAAGGCAAUGGUAACGCAUCAAAGCCUGUUAAUCCUGCAGCUGCACCACCCAAUGCAGAACCAGAACCAGGAGACCAAGAAAUUUCGGCCAGAAGGAAAACCAGCAAGUAUUUUUCUGCAGACAAACAAAAGCAGAAAGAUGGAAAAGGUGUACAGGAGCCUCCAGGCAAGAGAAAAUUUCAAAAUGACUCUAGUGAAUCACCAAAACCACCACCAUCUAAACGAACUAGUAAAGUUGAUGAAGAUGAUGACUUUGUCUUACCUGAGUCAAACAAUUCUAUUGAGGUCACUCCCAGUAAUAAACAAAAGAGUAGUACGGGUAGGGGGGUUUCUAAGAAAACUGUAGAUAUUGGUGAAAGCGAUGAAGAUGUUAAAGAUAUUGAGACUCCUGUAAAGUCUCGUGGAAGGGGUCGUGGUGGCAGGGGUGCAUCAGGGGCACCAGCUAGUGGAAGAGGUAGAGGUGGUGGAAGGGGUGGAUUUAUGAAUUUUGGAGAAAGAAAAGAUCCUCCACAUAAAGGAGAGAAGGAAGUCCCUGAAGGUGCUCCUGAUUGCUUGGCUGGCUUAACUUUUGUCAUCAGUGGAACACUUGACAGUUUAGAAAGAGAAGAGGCGGAAGACUUGAUUAAACGCUAUGGUGGUCGUAUCACUGGAUCUAUCAGCAAAAAGACGAAUUAUCUCUUAUGCGAUGAAGAUAUUGGGGGAAGGAAGUCGACUAAAGCCAAAGAGCUGGGCACUUCCUUCCUUACUGAGGAUGGAUUAUUUGAUAUGAUUCGUGCAUCCAAUUGUGGAAAAGCACCUUCAAAAGCAGUGUCAAAGAAAUCUGUGGAUAAAGUUGCUGCAUCCGUGCCUAUGGAGAGCCCUAAGAAAGCAGAAGUGAAGAGCAACUCUUCAGCAACAAAGGUUUCUAGCAAGACCUCAAAGACAAGUGUCUCAUCUUUGAAGCAGACACAGCAAACUCCCCAACAGCCUUCCCUGAUGUGGACUGAAAAAUAUAGGCCAAAGGUUCCUAACGAGCUUGUUGGGAAUCAAUCACUGGUUACCCAACUUCAUAAUUGGUUGGCACAUUGGAAUGAGCAGUUCCUUCAUACUGGGACUAAGGGAAAGGGAAAAAGGCAAAAUGAUCCUAAUGGCAAAAAGGCUGUUCUGUUAAGUGGAACACCUGGUAUAGGAAAAACUACCUCAGCAAAAUUGGUUUGUCAGAUGCUAGGUUUCCAGGCAAUUGAGGUAAAUGCUAGUGACAGUCGUGGGAAGGCUGAUGCAAAAAUUUCUAAAGGAAUUGGUGGAAGCAAUGCAAAUUCUGUCAAGGAACUUGUUAGCAAUGAAGCCUUGAGUGUUGACAUGGAUCAGUCAAGAUGUAAAAAAACUGUCCUGAUUAUGGAUGAGGUGGAUGGGAUGUCCGCUGGAGAUAGAGGUGGAGUAGCUGAUCUGAUAGCUAGCAUAAAGAUUUCCAGAAUCCCCAUCAUUUGCAUUUGCAAUGACCGUUACAGUCAGAAAUUGAAAAGUCUUGUAAACUACUGCUUGCUUCUCACUUUCAGGAAACCUACAAAACAGCAGAUGGCAAAGAGAUUAAUGCAAGUAGCACAUGCAGAAGGUCUUGAUGUUAAUUCGAUAGCUCUUGAGGAACUUGCAGAAAGAGUGAAUGGAGAUAUGCGCAUGGCACUGAACUUGCUGCAGUAUAUGAGUCUUUCCAUGUCAGUUAUCAAGUAUGAUGACAUAAGGCAGCGUCUUCUUAGCAGUUCUAAGGAUGAAGAUAUUUCACCUUUCACUGCUGUAGAUAAGCUGUUUGGCUAUAGUGGGGGAAAGCUGAAAAUGGAUGAGCGGGUUAACCUCAGCAUGAGUGAUCCUGAUUUAGUUCCUCUUCUUAUUCAGGAAAAUUAUAUUAAUUAUAGGCCAAAUUCAACUGGUAAAGAUGACAAUGGACUGAAACGCCUGAGCUUGAUUGCCCAUGCUGCUGAGUCUAUUGGAGAUGGAGAUAUAAUCAAUGUGCAGAUUCGAAAAUAUCGGCAGUGGCAGCUCUCGCAAGCUGGUUCCCUUGCAUCGACUAUCAUUCCUGCUGCAUUGUUACAUGGACAAAGGGAAAUACUUGAACAGGGAGAACGAAAUUAUAAUAGAUUUGGUGGGUGGCUUGGAAAGAAUUCGUCUAUGGGAAAAAAUUUUAGGCUUCUGGAGGAUUUGCAUGUUCAUCUCCUUGCCUCUCGUGAAUCUAGUUCAGGAAGGAGGAUUCUGCGUCUUGAAUAUCUCACACUUCUUUUGAAGCGACUGACUGAUCCACUUCGGAAGUUGCCUAAGGAUGAGGCUGUUGAGCAGGUGGUAGAUUUCAUGAAUGCUUACUCAAUAAGCCAGGAAGACUUUGAUACUAUUGUGGAGUUAUCAAAAUUCCAGGGUCAUCCAAAUCCUCUAGAAGGUAUUCCACCUCCUGUCAAAGCAGCUUUGACAAAAGCAUAUCAUGAAGGAAGCAAAUCAAGGAUGGUACGUGCUGCUGAUUUAAUUACUCUUCCUGGAAUGAAAAAGGCCCCCAAGAAGCGAAUUGCUGCAAUUUUGGAACCAUCUGAUGAUGGUUUAGGGGAGGAGAAUGGUGACACAUUAGCAGAAAAUGGAGAAAAUGCUUCAGACUCAGAGGACGUUGAAGGCACAGCCAAUGGUGAGAAGCUGCAAGAACUCCAAAGUCUGAAUUCUAAAGGAAUCAAGGUUGAAUUGGAAUUGAAGAGUGCUGGGAAUUCAAACACCAAGAAGGCACCAGCAGGCAGAGGAAGAGGCAGGUCUACACCUACCACAGGAAAGAAAGGUGGGCGGGGCUCUGGGGCCGGUGCUAAGAGGAAAAGAUGAGAUGUUGAUUAUGUAAAUGGCGGGUUUUAUAAUUUUUGGCAAUGCCUAGGACAAUUGUCAUUGUGGCUAGUAUUUCCCUUAAUGUACUUGGAACGUCAUCAGAGAUUGUUGGGACUAGAAUUUUAGGUAGACGGUUCCUGUUUUUUCACUUUUUCCUAAUGGUAUAGCGGAUGUUUUACAGUCUAUAUUUUGAAUUUUGAAUUUUGGUCUUUUGAGGCUUGAGCAUGACAUGGAAAUGAUGGAAUGCUCAUAAUUUCAAUUGGAGCAAGUGCUGUUAC